GCAAAACGUCACAGUCCUUGCUCUUCCUGGGCAGUGGCCGUUACUACUGCCCCCUUCUCCUCCCCUCUCUCGUGCAGAGCUCGUGCAGAGGAGAGAGAGAAGCUCCCCCCUCACCGCCCUCGCGCCUCCUCCGCCCACAGCUCACACCGAGCGUCACCUCGUAGCCACCUUCCAUUCUCGCCGCCGUCCCACGCACGACACCUCAUCGCCCACGGGGGUACAAAUAGCCCUCCACUCCUCGCCUCUCUCCUAGCCCACCAAACCCUAGCCCCACUCGCAGGCGGCGGAUCGAGAGGUGGAAGUAGAGCUUGGCGGCGUUUUGGUACUAAUUCUCCCGGUGUGCGUGGAGCUGCAGCGGCGCCGCCGCAAUGAGCAGCCUCGUGGAGCGGCUGCGCGUGCGGUCAGAGAGGCGGCCGCUGUACACGCUCGAUGAGUCGGACGACGACCUCCCGCCGCUUGGUGGGGCCGGGAAAGGGAAGGAUCGGCAGAAUGACGCGCCUGCCGAGCGGAUCGAGCGGGAGGGCGCGAAAGAAGAUGUUUGCCAGCGCUGUGGAAAAAAUGAUGAUCUAGUAUCUUGUUCAACAUGCACGUAUGCAUUUCACCGAAAAUGCUUGGUUCCUUGCUUAAACAUUACAUCUGAUAAAUGGAGCUGCCCAGAAUGUAUAAGUCCGCUGACGGAGAUGGAGAAGAUUCUAGAUUGUGAAAUGCAAGAUGUUACUUCUGAAGAUAUUAAUUCCUCAGAGCCUGGACCGAAGAAGAUCAAGCGAUAUCUUAUAAAGUGGAAAGGAUUAUCACACAUUCACUGCUCUUGGGUUUCAGAAAAAGAAUAUUUUGAAGCUGCCAAGAUACACCCUCGGUUGAAAACCAGGUUGAAUAACUUCCAUAGGCAGUUGGAUUCUAUCGACAAAUCUGAUGAUGACUGUGCUGCAAUUAGACCGGAAUGGACAACUGUUGACCGGAUCCUUGCUAGCAGAAAAAGCUCCACUGGCGAGCGGGAGUACUAUGUGAAAUGGAAGGAACUUUCAUACGACGAAUGUACUUGGGAAAAUGAGUCCGACAUCUCGGCAUUCCAACAUCAGAUUGAUCGUUUUAAUGAGAUUCAGUCCAGACGUAAGAAAUCUGGUGACCAGGGCAAACGUGUCACUCGUGAGAUACGUACAUUCAAGGAGAGCCCUAAGUUUCUUUCUGGUGGCACACUACACCCCUAUCAGCUUGAAGGGUUAAACUUCUUACGUUAUUCGUGGUAUCAUAACAAACGUGUAAUCCUUGGUGAUGAGAUGGGUCUUGGGAAAACGAUACAGAGUAUUGCUUUCCUAGGCUCUCUGUUUGAAGACAAGCUUGGUCCGCAUCUGGUUGUUGCCCCCCUCUCAACCUUGCGAAAUUGGGAGCGCGAAUUUGCAACUUGGGCACCUCAAAUGAAUGUUGUAAUGUAUUUUGGAUCUGCUGCUUCUCGUGAAAAUAUUAGGAAGCACGAAUUUUACUUCCCGAAAGAGAAACCUAAGAAGCUUAAGAAAAAGAAAUCAUCUCCAUCUAAUGAAGAAAAGAAGCAGUCAAGGAUAAAAUUUGAUGUCCUUUUGACAUCUUAUGAGAUGAUUAACAUGGAUUCAGCUGUUCUAAAAAAUAUAGAAUGGGAAAGCUUGAUUGUGGAUGAGGGGCAUCGGUUGAAAAACAAAGAUUCCAAGUUGUAUGGUCAACUUAAAGAGUAUAAUACCAAACAUCGUGUGCUAUUAACAGGGACCCCAGUUCAGAAUAACCUUGAUGAGCUUUUCAUGCUUAUGCAUUUCCUUGAGGGCGAAAGUUUUGGGAGUAUAGCUGAUCUCCAAGAAGAGUUCAAGGAUAUAAACCAAGACAAGCAAAUUGAGAAGCUCCAUGGAAUGUUGAAGCCACAUCUUCUUCGAAGAUUCAAGAAAGAUGUUAUGAAAGAGCUUCCUCCAAAAAAGGAACUGAUUUUACGAGUUGAACUGACGAGCAAACAGAAGGAGUACUAUAAGGCAAUUCUCACCAAGAAUUAUGAAGUGUUAGCCCGUCGCAGUGGUGGACAAAUAUCCCUAAUAAAUGUUGUAAUGGAGCUGCGCAAACUUUGUUGCCAUGGAUUCAUGACAGAUGAACCUGAUUCUGAACCUGCCAAUCCAGAAGAAGGUUUAAGGAGGCUUUUAGAUUCUUCGGGUAAGAUGCAGCUGCUGGACAAGAUGAUGGUGAAACUGAAAGAGCAGGGUCAUAGAGUUCUCAUUUAUUCACAGUUCCAGCACAUGUUGGACUUGCUGGAGGAUUAUUUAAGUUACAGGAAAUGGAGCUAUGAGCGUAUUGAUGGCAAGAUAGGUGGUGCUGAAAGGCAGAUACGAAUAGACCGCUUCAAUGCUAAGAAUUCGACUAGGUUUUGCUUUCUUCUUUCCACCAGAGCUGGUGGUCUGGGAAUAAAUUUGGCAACGGCUGAUACUGUAAUCAUCUAUGACAGUGAUUGGAACCCACAUGCGGAUUUGCAAGCUAUGGCAAGAGCUCAUCGGUUAGGACAGACGAACAAGGUGAUGAUAUACAGGCUUGUUAGUCGAGGUACAAUUGAGGAACGAAUGAUGCAGCUUACAAAGAAAAAGAUGAUAUUAGAGCACUUAGUUGUUGGUCGACUCACAAAAGCUAAUAAUGUCAAUCAGGAGGAGUUAGAUGAUAUUAUACGCUAUGGAUCAAAGGAACUUUUUGAUGACGAGAACGACGAAGACGGAAAAUCUCGUCAAAUUCAUUAUGAUGACGCUGCAAUAGAGAGGUUGUUGGAUCGUGACCAAGCUGAUGAGGAAGAAUGUUUGGAAGAUGAAGAAGAGGACGACUUCCUAAAAGGAUUCAAGGUUGCAAACUUUGAAUACAUUGAUGAGGCAAAGGCUUUGGCAGCAAAAGAAGAGGCACGCAGAAAGGCUGCAGCUGAAGCUGCAAACUCUCAAAGAGCAAACUAUUGGGAUGAACUAUUGAAGGAUAGAUAUGAUGUACAGAAAGUUGAAGAACAUACUACUAUGGGAAAAGGAAAAAGAAGCCGCAAGCAGAUGGCCGCUGCUGAUGAGGACGACAUUCAUGACUUAAGCUCUGAAGAUGAGGAUUACUCCUAUGAGGACGAUGUGUCGGACAAUGACACGAGUUUACAAGGAAAUAUUUCUGGGAGGAAGGGCCAAUAUUCUAAGAGAAAAUCACGUAAUGUUGAUUCGAUUCCGCUGAUGGAGGGUGAAGGACGUACACUGAGAGUUCUUGGAUUCAACCAUGCUCAACGAGCAAUGUUCCUACAGACUCUCAAUAGAUAUGGUUUUCAGAAUUAUGAUUGGAAAGAGUAUCUUCCUCGACUGAAAGGGAAAGGUAUUGAGGAAAUUCAGAGGUAUGCUGAACUUGUCAUGGUCCAUCUUGUUGAAGAAAUCAAUGAUUCAGAUUAUUUUUCAGAUGGCGUUCCAAAGGAAGGGAUGCGUACAGAUGAGACAUUGGUCAAGAUAGCAAACAUAUCCCUUAUUGAGGAGAAGGUGGCUGCCAUGGAACAAGGAAAAAUUACAAAGCUCUUUCCUAAUUACUUGAUAAAUGAAUUUCAAGGCUUAUCCGGUGGAAGAAUAUGGAAAGCGGAACAUGAUUUACUGUUACUGAAGGGAAUAAUAAAGCAUGGGUAUGCAAGGUGGCAGUAUAUAUCAGAUGACAGAGAGAAUGGGCUUUUUGAGGCUGCACGACGAGAGCUGAAUCUCCCUUCUGUCAAUGAAUUAAUUGGUGCUCAGUCAAAUAAUGAUGCAAAUGGAAACCUGGAAGGCACUCAGGAAGGCCAGGUGAACUCAACAAGCAUGUCCCAUUACAAGGAGAUUCAGAGAAAGACAGUUGAGUUCUUAAGAAAAAGAUACCAUCUUCUGGAGAGAUGCUUGGAUCUGGAAUAUGCAGUGAUAAAAACAAACACUCCUGUUCCUGAUGAUCUUACUGAACAAGAUGUUCAAGCAGGGCAUGCUCCGCUUUAUCCAGAUAUAAGCGAAUUGUCGAGAGAAUUGCCCAAUCUUGAACCAAUAUGUAAGCGAUAUCCUAUUAUCUAUAUUCCUUUCUGUUUAUCUGUGCAGAAAGACACAGAACUUGCUUGUGUGCACAUACUCACCAUUUCAAUCAUAUCUUUUAUGUACUUUGCUAUCUCUAAAAAUGUAACGUUGUUGACAAUAAUAUACUUUGAGAUUUGCUCAUUGUUUGUUGUGAUAACUGGGAUCCUCUUUCCAGCUACCAAAGAAGUGGUUUCUGAUGGUACAGCUGAUCAGUCGCAAGUUCUCCAUCUUUACAAUAAGAUGUGUUUUGUGCUUGAGGACAGCGGUGUUACUGCACUCAAUUCUUUCUUUGGCGACAAGGCAGCUUCUUCUAGUUUAGUCAAUAGUCUUCAUCAGCUGGAAACCGUGUGCGAGGACGUUGUUCAGACCCUGAGAGCACAAGAAAAUGGCACUACCACCAAAGAGGUGUUAGAUGCAUACUCCAAAGAAACUGCUACACCUCCGCAAGAUUCAGGCCCCGAGGCAGCGAAUGAGCUAUCGUCCGUCAAACCGGAGGACAAGAUGGAAAUCGAUGGUUGAUGCGCCAGUAUCAGAAUGACAGGAAAGGAAACUCCCGUUUAAUUUACUUGAUGAAGUGGCCCUAAUCUAGCAUAUAUUGUAACAUUAAGCAAGGCACCCCCAGACAUCUGCAAACCUCUGGCUGUUACUGCUAAUGGUUACCGUCAAACCGUUCCGCUAACUUAUCAAAUUUACUUGACCCCGCGGUGUGCUUA